CCGCGGUGCCUUGUGGGUAGCCGGCCGGGGUCUCCUGGCGACGACCAUGGCGGGGGAUGUGGGCGGUCGCAGCUGCACGGACGCCGAGCUGCUGCUGCACCCUGAGCUGCUGUCCCAGGAGUUUCUCCUUCUCACCCUGGAGCAGAAGAACAUAGCUGUUGAAAAUGAUGUAAGAGUAAACAAAGACAACCUUACUGACCUUUACGUCCAGCAUGCCAUACCACUGCCUCAGAGGGAGUUGCCAAAGAAUAGAUGGGGGAAGAUGAUGGAAAAGAAAAGAGAACAACAUGAAGUAAAAAUUGAGACCAAAAGGAGUGGUGCUGUGGAUGGAUUAAGGAAAAGACCCCUCAUCGUGUUCGAUGGGAGCUCAACAAGCACAAGCAUCAAAGUGAAAAAGACGGAGAAUGGAGCAGACGAGCGCCUCAAGCCCCCUGCCCAGACAGGCUCUACCCGUGAUGCCUUGCAGAAAUUAUCAAAUUCCUCUUCGAGGGUUUCACCCCUAGUAUUGUUUUCCAAUUUGCCUAUGAACAAUAAAACGGAGCACAGUAAUAAUGACACUAAACAGAACCAUGACUUAACACAUAGGAAAAGUCCUUCCGGUCCUGUGAAGUCGCCGCCUUUGUCCCCUGUGGGAACUACUCCCAUAAAAUUAAAGCGAGCUGCUCCUAAGGAAGAGACAGAGACCACGAAUGCCCUGAAGCCUCCAGAAACAAAGAGGAAGAUACAACACGUCACGUGGCCGUGAAGGGCGCCUCUGGGAAGUCACCAGAGCUGCAGCUGCAGUUUUCAGAUGAGUCCACAGUGUUUACUGAGGUCCUGAUCACUGUGGGAUUUUCUUGAGGUUUAAAAUAGGUUUGGGAAAAAUAAAAGUAUUGUUCCUCCCUUCCCCCAUUCCUUCUUUCCUUCCUUAAAAUGUCUUGACUUUCAUGUCCCAAUUAGGGAAGAAUUUUUUUUUUUAAAUAUAACUUUGUACACAUCCUUUAUAAAUUUCUCUUCCCAAGCAAAAGCAUAUAAGAGUUCUCAGUAUUCUGGGAAGUAUUACCACCUUUUUCGUGAAGGGCUCACCUAGAAAGUGUUGAUGGUGUUGCUGGAAAAGCGUUCUACUCUUGGGUUGCUUGCGCCACGUUGUCCCACAGAAGGCAGGAGGGACGUCAGGCUUGCUGUCCCUUCCCUCUCAGCGUCAGAAGCUACUCAUGCAGUUUUAGAAUGUUCUGUCGUGCAGGGUCUUGCCUAUUCUUUUCUUGUGCAUCUUGAGGUCUCGUUGUGAGUUCAGCUAUUUCUUCUGAGCUUUAUCUUGUUAAAAUGAGACUGACUUCAAAGUCUUCAGGCUGGGUGAUCAGGUGAGAGGCAGUACUUGAUGGCAGAGAGCAUGGGAUGAGGGUGCUAGAAUUCUAGACAUUAGGAAGGUCCAGACCAUGUGGCAGUGGUGGUGGGAGGUGGACAGUCAUCCUUGUCAGGCCAUUGGAAUUGGAAUUCACUGUAGAGUGCAGCACAGAAGUGGACUCCUAACUGAACGAGGUUCCUGGGCUAUAAUCUGGCUUCCUGCAGGGCUGUCCCAUGCAGGGUUAUUUUUGUGCAAGUAGCAUUAUCCACUUGUAUAAUAAUGGCAAGUGAAAACAUACUAUUUGCUUUACAUUCAUGUCUUCUAGUAUCUGUUCCCCUCUUUAUAUUUCUAACUAACAGCAAAGAUACUUUAUACCUUUUCCAUGUGUAAUCUUGAGAUUGGAUUGUUUACCUUGUUGGUAGACCUUAGGGUCAUCUCCUUACUUUGAUUUGUUAAAACAAGCGUUUUAGAUCAGUUAUUGACUAGCCUUACAAACCAUAAUUCAGCCUUGCAGGUAUGUACUGUUCUUAGAUAGCAAUCCUGUAGUUUUUUAGUGUUCUGCUUUUUUCCAGACUUUGUACACAUAAGACAAAUUUGAUGCAUCUUAGUGUUGCAUGAGUUGUUGAUGCUACAGUAAGAUUUAAAUAUAUUGUUAUCUGCAGGGCUGAUUAAUUAACAUUGUUGAUGGGAACUGUGCUCCUAUAUGUAACUGUGAAGGGAAAUUUUAAAAGUGCAGCUUUUAGAGUAGAAUGACAUAUUAUAUUUUAUAUUCAGUUGACCCUUCUGCUUCCACCGGCAUUUCUCUCUUUGAAGAGAGAGUUAGCCAUUUGACAGUUUUAAGUCAGUGGGAACUUAUUUUUAGUUACUCAGUGAAAUUAAUUUUUAAUUUGUAUAUUUAACUUACAGAGUAGGUUGGUAAUAACAGCUGAACUGUGUAACAUUGUUGCUUCAAAUUGAAGUUUAUACUAUGAACAUUCAGCAUCUACGCUCACAUAGCAGCAUAUUAUUGAGCUGUUUUGAGUUUGCGAGGUGGAGAAGCAUUGAACCAGGCACUGUGUAUUACAUACUCCCUCUGUCACAGAGCUCUGUGCCUCCUUAAGGGAUCAUGGAACUGGCUUCCUGCAUGUGAUGAAGCAUGCCAAGCCCUGGGAAUCUGGAGAAGCAACUAUGGGAGUCUUGUUUAGAAGUGUUUCCGUGUGGGUUAGAAGGACUCAGUGUGAGUGCCGAGCUACUCUGGAAUAACUUCACUUACUAACAUAGGGUUUGUAGUGUUGCUUCUGAUUCUGUGUCCCAAUGAGGCCAGCUGUUCUGAUUACUGGGUUGGACAAACAAAUGGCAGUAGAGUCAGUGGGUAGCCUGUGAGGUACAAGAGGUACCACAUCUGCCAUCAGCAAGUCGGCCGUGUUUUCUCCCACCUGUGUAUAUCCUACUCUCGUUUCCAUUCUCCUUUUUCUCUAGGUCUCAGCUUCAGACUUAGAUUUGCAAGUUGUAUUGUAUCUGUGACCUUACUCCAUUCACUAAGGGGUGAAGACAGUCUGACCCCAGUCCUCUUACAUCUGAGGGAUCAUAGACCACUGUGUGGGUCCUGCAGUCUGGAGCCCUGCAGCACCAGGGCACUAAAUUGCUUCCCAAAGGCUGUUACAGCAGCAUAGUUUUCCAAAGUAGCCUUAUUGGUCUAGACAGCUGCCAGACACUGGAAGAGCAGCUCACUCUUACCAUGAGGCUGGUAUUAAAAUCUUCAGAAUCGAAGUUUUUAUUUGAAAUUCUAGUUUGGUUGACUUUGAGAGACAGUUCUAAAACUGAUGUAGAGACUCAUUCAACAGCAAUGAAUCUUUUAAAAACUUACAUUAAGUAAAACUGCCAGUAGAUUAACUCACCCCCAUGUGUUAGAGCUUCCUCUACAUACUGCUGUGGAACUUGAGCCUUGUUGAGUUGCUACUAAUUGGUCAACAUGUUUUUAAGUGUGCUUUUACUAAAUGCUUGUGUAAGUUUUGUAAUUCAGUAUAGAAAAGGUUGACCUUGUAAUGUACGUUUUUGUAUGUAUAGUCUUUUAAGUAGCCCUGUCCUUAUUUAAAUAAACUGAAUAAAAUUA